AUGCAUUGUGUUGGCUCGGGUACUUUUGUAAUUCCCAAAAAGUUUUCCGAAAAUGUAAAGGAAAAAUUACAAGAAACGGUAACCUUGAAAUCGCCUAAUGGAACCGCGAGUUGGCAAGUAAAGUUGAUGGCUCGCAACGAUGCGUUAAUCCUCAAAGACGGUUGGAGAGAAUUUCUGAAUGCAUUCUCUGUACGAAAAAACGACAUCUUGAUUUUUAAGUACAUCGGGAAGUCUUGCUUUCACAUACAAAUAUUCGAUCGACAUACUUUAUGUGAAAACGAAACAUCCUAUUUCAUCAGAAAAUGUAGCCACUCGGAAUCUGAUAAAACACAUCAGGAUCAGGACCCGAAAUUUGUUAAGCAGAGUCCAGACGAGGUUAUGCACGAAUACUUGCACGAUGAUUUUGAGUCGGUCCCACCAAAAAAGCAUAGGGGCGAUAUCGCUUCUACUGAAGAGAAACCUCAAUUUCAAAAACAGUCUUGGACUUGGGAACCGGUCACACUUCCCCAAGAUGGGACGACUAAACAAAAGUCGAUAACGAAAGAACAUCGUACGGAUAUUGUGACUUAUAUGUCUAAAAGGCGGCCCGUGACCGAAGAGGAAAAGAAUCGAGCGUAUCAAAUGGCUGCGAAAGAAUUAACCGAGGGCAGUUUUCUGAUGAUAAUGCGACCAUCACACGUUUACAGGAAAUUUUUCCUGUCAUUUCCAGCAGAAUGGAUUAGCAAGUAUUUUACGAGCUAUGAAAAGCGACCUGUGCAUCUUAGAGUGAAAGAUCGAACAUGGUCGACCAGGCUUAUAUUCAGUUCCAAGAGACGCGGUGGGCUUAGUUUUGGCUGGAAAGAUUUUUCGUUAGACAAUUGCUUAGAGGAAUUUGAUGUUUGCAUGUUUAAGUUAGCCAGCCUAGGGCAUGAGCCAGCAUUACUCGAUGUUAGCAUAUUUCGUGUUGUGCCAGAUGCGGUGAAAUCCAUACGUGUAUCUCCCGCUUCUAGUAAAAGUUCCUCUAACAGGCAUUGCAAGCUUGCGCAACCGUAG